AUGAAAAAUCAUGAGACCCGCCCAACUGGUAGUACACCAUUCCCCGAAACAAAUGCUACUUCGUAUAAUGAUAGAAGUGGUACUCAGGGAGGUGGAAAUAAUCGUGGGCGUGGACGUCGUUGUGGUCGUGGCCGUGGUCGCGGAGGUGGUCGUGGGCGUUUUAAUGGUUGUGGUCGUGGUCGCGGAUACGGCCGGGUGGAUUCUCGUGGUAUUCAAUUUAAGCAUACGACCAACCACCAAAAAGGGCAUAAAAAUGGAUAUAACAAUAAGUAUGAAAGAGGUAGCCAAGUUAAGGCUAGUGGAUGCUAUCGUUGUGGAAGCAUGGAUCAUUGGGUGCGUGCAUGUCGCACGCCUAAGCAUCUUGUGGAGCUUUAUGAAAAAUCUCUUAAGAAGUGGAAAGGGGCAGAAGUGAAUUUUGUUUAUGAUGAUGGAAAAAUUGAUAGCCCUAUUGGUAAAGAUUUUGGUGGUCAUGAAGAUCAAGCUAACACGACACAUUUGGAAGUUGGAGAUUUUCUUGAUAAUGAGUGA